AUGCAAGGCGCAUACAACGACCAGUCGCUGGCACAUCAUACUCAUCAGUACGCACAGCAACAGGAAGGAUUGAAGGAGCCUGCUGCUCAGCCGCUACCUGAAGAAGACGAUGGAAUCGACCAAGCAGCUGAAACGACAGACGAUGGAGACGAUGCAACAGAGGAAACCACCGAUCCGCCCGUCAACACGUCCAGCGAGGAUGCGCGGCAUGCCGAGUUCCUCAAGCUGCAAGAAGAAAUCCAUGAGAUGGAGAGCGCAAUCGAAGGCCUCGGCGAACACUACCAGAUUGUCGACCGACUGGGCGAAGGCACCUUCUCUUCCGUCUACAAAGCCGUCGAUCUGCAGCACAGCAUAUAUGUCAACGACGAGUGGGUCGCGCGUGGUCCUCUCGAUCCACUCCGCAAAGGCGUCUGCCAUGUGGCUCUCAAGAAGAUCUACGUCACCUCUAGCCCACAGCGCAUCUUCAACGAGCUCUCCAUCAUGGAGGACCUGCGCUCGGCAGAGUACGUCUCCUACCUCAUCACUGCCUUUCGCUCCGACGAUCAGAUUGUCGCCGUCAUGCCGUACAGUCGCCAUCGCGACUUUCGCGACUACUACAAGGAGAUGCCGCUCGGCGACUUCAAGUACUACUUCCGAUGUCUGUUUUCGGCCCUGCAGAGCGUACACGAUGCAGGCAUCAUGCAUCGCGACAUCAAGCCCGCCAACUUCCUGUAUGAUCCUUCCACGGGACAUGGCACGCUGUGUGACUUUGGUCUAGCCGAACGCUUUGAGCCGACGGAAUGGCGAGGCAAGUGUCACCACACGUGUCCGACGCCGGAACACCCACAUGGCACCAAGGAGAUCAAUCGAGCGGUCGACUCGAUCUGGUUUGAGCCCGGCAAACCGCUCUCCGGUCCGCCGGCACCUUCGGACAUCACCGCAAUCGCCGUUUCUGGAUCAGCAUCAGCUGGAACAGCGUCUGGCUCCGCAUCCAACGCAGACGCCCUCAGCACCUCGACCAAAGCCGGCCUGAUGGACCCCCCACCCGAGCGAGUCGGCUACAACAUCUACGACGCCCGACAAGGCGUCCGAGCCAAUCGUGCUGGCACUCGCGGCUUCCGUGCACCCGAAGUGCUCUUCAAAUGUCAAGACCAAACCGUCGCGAUCGACAUCUGGUCUGCGGGCGUGAUCCUGCUCACUCUCCUCAUCCGUCGAUUUCCCGUGUUCAACUCGAACGACGACGUGGAAGCGCUCCUCGAGAUUGCGGUGAUCUUUGGCAAGUCACGCAUGGAGACGUGUGCUAUGCUGCACAACCGCACGUUCCACUGCAACAUCCCGACGGUGAGCAAUUCGGGUUCGCUGACGGACUUCAUCUUUCGGUUAAAUCCGGAAUUGAGGAACGCAGGGAGUCAUCCGUACCCAGAGCAGCACGCGCAGGAUGUGGCGGACGCGCUGGACAUGGUCAAGUCGUGCCUGCAUGUGGAUUGUACGCGAAGGAAGACGGCUGCGGAGCUGCUGCAACAUCCGUUCUUGCGAGUGGAGGAGGAGGAGGCGAUGCAGGACGAGGAGAUUCAGGACGAAUAUCUGCAGGAUCAGCAGGAUUUUGCGGACUAUUAUCAGACUGGAGAAGAACAGGGAGUGGGUGUGUAUGUGCAGCAGGAUGUGGCACUGAACAAGACGUACGAGGAGGACGAAUUGGAGGACGCGGAUGAGAAUCAGUACAUAGGCAGCGAGGAGGUGGUGCAGCUGCAAAGCCGGCGUGGUGUGCAGGGCGAGGCGUCAGAGCAUGGUGAGACUGCGAAAACGCACGUCGACGCUGCGCACUAG